AAUCCAAUCCAAGCCUGUUGUGUUCAUUGCAGUUUUGUUGCUUUCGCUUUUGGUUGCCGCGUUUCGCUCACAGAUUGUUCGGGCUCGUCGUGUUUUCGUUCUGCGUGAUCUACUGGGGACGUGACAGUAUGCGAGACGUAACAUCUGUCAGCCGACGACCGUACGGCUAAUUAUUCGCUUUCGAGCGCGCAACCGAAUUCAGGUGUUCAGCCUGAGGCCCGCCAGGAAAUGGCCGCCGUGCCGGACAAGGCGAAUCGCAGGGAGCUGUGCGAGAUUAUUUGCACGCAAAAAGAAAAACUCCAGCGUUAUGAGGCCCGGCUUGGAGACCUUGUACGCGCUUACAAAAGCCUUCAGAAAGAAAAAGACGCUCUCGAACUAAGCCUGAAAGCCCUGACAUCGUCAAAAGCCAGUGAGAAAGCUCGCGCAAGGACAUCAAGUGAGUCCCUGUCCGAAAAUAAAAGCAAAAAGACAUCAGAACCUGCUCCAUCAUCAACGGAUGACGGUCAAAAGGAUGCGAGCUCCCCUGGCGAUCCUGGACCGAGUGGUGCCCCCGAGGACCACGUGGCUGCACUCUCUCAGGCACUGUCUUCCCUCUCGGAAGAGAAGGCCCGCAUGGAAGCUGCCUUCCAGGCCGACCGUAAGAGACUCAUCCAGGAGAAGGAGGCCGCACUGCGUCAAGUCGAGGAAGUUCAGAGAAAUGCCGAGGAGCAGGCCACUUCGCUGGAGGCCAAGACGGCCGAGCUGCGAACGAAGUUGCGCGAGGAGCGGAUGGCUCGAGAGCAAGAGCAAAGUGACCACGCGGCCAUGCUGAGGGAACUCCAGCGCCUGCUGUCUGAGGAACGGACUCUUCGCGAGAACUUGGAGGACAAGCUGGAGGAAGCCAUGAGGAAAGCAGCUCAGGCAGACUUGGCGAAAGAGUACGAGGCCAAAGUGGAGAAGCUGACGCAGGAGCUGGACGAGGUGCGCAAGCGGCUGCUCGCAUCGGAGGAGAAGCUCCGACAGCCUUCCCCCCUGCUGCUCAAGCUACAGCAGGAGUUGGUCGAGGUCAAGGCACAGCACCAGGCUGCACUGGAACAGGAAAAAAAGCAGGCGGGGCGUGCCCAGGCACGUCUGCAUCAACAGACGACGGGAAGCGAGGCGCGGGUGGCCAGCCUGGAAAGUCGUCUGCAGGAGCUGUCCCAGGCAGUGGGCACGUACGACCGGCUACGCAUGCAAGACCGUGCGGCCAUCCAGCGGCUGCGAGAGCGUCUGUCGCAGCUCGCCCAAGAAAACGCAGCUUUAGCGAAUGCUGCAGGCAUCGGUGCCAAGGCUGCGGAGCUGCCUUCCCAGGACAGCAAUCUGGAUGUGAAGACCCUGCUGGACCGAUUUGGCAAGAUGCGCCUGCUGCUGAAGGAGUCGAAUCAGCGUGCCGAGAGGCCCAUUGACCUGAUUGCUUACUUCCGAGAGCUGGCAGAAGAGGAGGUCCUUGGCUUGCAUGCCAAGUGCCGAGAGGAGCUUCGCCAGCUGAAGGACGAGUUUGAACAGUACAAGGCUCACGCCCACUCUGUGCUCCAGGGUACUGGCAGCCAAGGCAGCUACGCAAAGGGUCAGGAGUCUUCGGCAGAGUUGGAUCGACUCAGGCAGCAAGUGAAACACCUCCAAGGGCAGCUGAGGACGCAGCGGGCCCAGUUCGAGGCGCAAGAGCAGAGCAACCGGGAGACCACCGCAAAGCUCCAGCGUGCCCUGUCGGAUGCGGACCUGCGGUAUGAGCAGGAGCGUCAGCGGCUGGAGCAGCGUUGGAGCAGCAAGCUGUCGGAGCUGGAGUCCCUGAUGCAGGCGCAGAGAGACCGCUCGCUAGCUCUCGUGGAGGAGAAGGAUCGUGAGCUGCAGGCACUGCGCGCCACACUCGCCAGCUUGGAGUCGGAGAACCAGCGCUACGACUGGCAGGCACAGCGCGAGGUCGUCAGCAGCAGCGGCUUGGCAGUGGACAUCUCCGGUAGCCGGGAGGGAAGCUCUGAUGCUCAGGGUGACGGCUUGGAUCCCCUUCUCUCCGAGCUGCUCUCCAAGAAUGUGGGCUUCGCUUCCAAAGACGGCAAAAGCAAGACCGAGUGUCAGCUGCUGCACUACGCCCAAGAACUGGCUCGCAAGGACGCCGAGCUCUUGCGAACCCUGAGAGAGAAGAGGGACGUGGAGUCUGCUCUUCGUGACCUCCAGAGGUCGUUGCUCCUCAAAGAGCAGAAGGAUGCCCAGGAGAGGGAAGCGCUGAGGCUACGUCUGUCCCAGUUGGAACACAUGCCGGGACCCAGCGACAGUGGUAAGGUGAACCUGCAGUAUCUCAAGAACGUGGUGCUGCAGUAUUUGCUCUGCAACGAAGCCCCAGCGCGGAAGCACAUGCUCAACGCAAUCGCCGUGGGUCUUCGGUUCACUCCGCGCGAGGCGCAGCUGGCUCGACAAGCGGCGCAGGCCUGGUGGUGAAACGUUUUCCGCACCUUCCUUCGACGAAAAACACGUUGAGCAGGCGUACGAAUCAGGCCUUGGCUUUUAGGGCACAUCUUCGGUUAUGUUCGUGUCGAUGUUGUCAUAUUGUAUCGCUUGCAUCUUACUAGGGACAGAAUAAUUCCCAAGGCUGGCAACUGCGUCUUAGCAGGCAGUGUGACGAGUCGGGCAACUCGCAUAUUGUGCUGGCUUGUUGCUGUUAUUUCACAGGCUUUGUAUACUGUUGCCGUCAGACCUAACUCAAAUAUGCAAAUGUGGCUCACAUAACAGCCAGCUAUGAGAAGCAUCAGUCGCUAAAUCCAAAGUCAUUGCCGCAAAUCGGCGUGCAUCGGCUGCUACGUUGAUAGAUUGCCAGCAGCCAGUGCUCUGCAGUGCUGGCUGUUAUGCGAGCCACAUCCUUAGAUCUUAGAAUUAGGCCCGAUGACAGCAGUAUGUAAGCGUUAUUGUGAGGUCAUACCAAAGUAUGAACUUGAUUGCACUGAGUGCAGCCUAUCUAGAUAGUGCUUGAAAAGUGAUUCUAAUGUGUUGGACAGUAGUUCCUAAUGUAACGCACACAGCUGUGUUCUCUGCACACCUUUUAUGUGUGUGUGUUUGCUGUUGUAUAGAUGUACGAAUGGAUAAGAACUUGAUUGUGGAGGUUUUUUUUUGAGGAUUAUGACUCAGAGUAAGCAGUAAUCUUAGUUGUUUUAUAUAUCACUUGUGUUGCUAUCAUCGCACGCUUUGAACACAAUAGUGUUGGAUGUGCAACAUAAACACAGGGAUCAAGGUGUAAGGCAUUUCGUUUUUAUUUUGCGCAAUCGUAUAAAACUUCCAGCUACUGUUUUGCUGGCUCGGUGAAUGGGAAUAUAUACUCUGCACGGAGGGAUUGAACCAAGUGUGAGCCUUCUCGAAAUAUUAAAGAUUACUAUUCUUU